UGCUCCGCACAGCAACAAUCCCUAACGGCCUAACCCCUAGGAGAGCUUCCACACGCGCGCGCCACAGCACGCUAGUUCUUGCUCCACGGAUCUGCGCCGCCGCCAGAUUGUUCUGCUUCUGCCGCUAGGCUGCCAAACAAGGAGGCUAACGAGAUGGUGGUUGGGGAGCAGGACUACUACUAUUCUAGUUCCGACUCCGACGACGAGGACGUCAGCCGCUACGUGUUCCUCGCACGGCAGCCCGUGCCCGUGGGCCGCCACCACCCGGAGGAGGACGAUCGAGACGCGAGCUUUGCGAAUGAUGACGACGACGGUGAUGGUGGCGAUGGAACGGCGGGGGAGGAGGAAUCGGAAGGAGGCGUCUGUAGGAGGAAGAAGAGGCCUCUCCUGGAGAUCUUGGACGACGACGCCCCGCCGCCGACCAAGAAGGCCCAGGUCGAACUGAUCAUCGCGUCGCCGCUGGCGACGCAGACGCCACCGAGCGGUUCGGAGUCGAACUUAGCGUCCCCGCCUUUGGCCGGGGAGUCCGGGAGCGAGGGGAGCCACGAGCAUCGCGCUCCAAGAGAGCAAGGAAGGGCCAAGAACGCGACAAAGAACCAGCGGGGCGCGUGCGGCAAGCGAGGCAGGAGUUCGGGCUGCGAUGUGGAUGGCGACCGGGACGCGCAUCGGCACGCUGUGGCGGUGGCGGCAAAGACUGGCGCGUCGUCCAGCGCAACCUCGGGGCGCUUCACCUUCACCUGCAGCCUAUGCGACAGGUGCUUCGAUAGCCAUCAGGCGCUCGGGGGACAUGUCCUUGGACACCACCGGAAGAGAGCCAAGAUCGCCAUUGCCGCAGGAGCAGUUCAUGACGUCGUCGAUGACAAGGUCCAUGGCAAGGGCAAGGGCGGCGUUGGGGAGCCCGUGUUUGCAGGAAGCCAUGACAUCGCUGUAUCAUCAGGCCAUGGCUUCACAUAUGGCAACUCCAGAAGCGACAAGAAGAUGGACAUUGGCACGGCAAGCCCCAACCGAAAGGUCGUCGUCGCUGGAACGUGCCGCGAGGGUGCCAAUGGCAACGGCAACGGCCACGGUGACGGCUGCAGGACGCGGUACAAGUGCAAGGUGUGUGGAACGGAAUGCCUCACAGGGCGCGCGCUCGGUGGCCAUAUGGGGAAGCACCAGAAGCGACUACCAGUCGGUGGUGGUGGCAAGGCAGACAGGUCGCCUAGUCCAGCGACGCGGACGACGACUGCCAGACCUUUGGCGCAGCUGUUCGGCGCCGAGAGGUUGCAGAGAGAGAUAAGACCUAGUUGAAUAGUUCAUGCAACCGUGCGACGAAAUUUACUAAUUGUGAAAUUUCAGGAUUUCUUAGCGAU